AUGCAGAAAUUUGUAAUCUUCGUCUUCUUCGCAACCGUUGGCUUCUGUGCUGCUGCGUAUACGCAUAAAUACUCCUACAUCAAUCUGCACGAUGUUCUACAUAACACAAGAUUAUUGAAAAGAUAUAUAGACUGUUUGUUAGAUGUACCAUUCACCUGCACCAAAGAUGGAAAUUACUUACGAGAGGUCCUUCCUGGUGCAUUUAAAGAGAACUGCAAAGAAUGUGAUGCAACUCAAAAAGAAAAUGCGCUUAAAGUUAUAGCUUACCUUAUCAAACAUCAUCAGGAUUGGUGGAAGUUAGUCGACAAGAAAUAUAACGCCGAUCGAAGUGUAUUUGUGACAAGCAAUAUGGGAAAAAUAAAAUACUAUCAAGUACAUGAAAUUUAA